UAGCCCUUUCACACACCGCCCUGGAAGGCAGCAGAGGAGGAAGCAGCCUUGCUCUCAGGGGGGGAGAGGACAUGAUAGCAGGCCGCUCCAGGCACAGGGCGAGAGGUAGCGCGGAUUUCCUGUUGCCAGGACAACACACAGGCAGCCGCCAGCCUGACCGCCGCCGCCUCCUCUGUCUGAGGAGCCGCAGCUGCUGGUCAUGUGGGGGAAGCAAGAUGGCGGCCGGGAUCCUGAAGGAUGCGGCGUGACUGCGACCUGUGCUCGUCAUCCAUUCAGCGAGCGAGUCUCCAGCGGCAGUGCCUUGUUCCCUGUGUGCGCGCUCUCCAUCCCAACCUGGACUGAGCCCAUGAGGUGAUCGUCCCCCAGCCCCGGGCUUUCUGUGCAGCUGCCGGCCAUGGCUCUCACCUUGUUCGAUAAUGAUGAGUACAGGCCGCCAGUAUGGAAAUCUUACUUAUAUCAGCUGCAGCAAGAGGCUCCGCAUCCACGAAGAAUUACCUGCACACAGGAGGUCGAAAACAGGCCAAAGUACUAUGGAAGAGAGUUUUUUGGUAUGAUAUCCAGAGAAGAAACAGACCAGUUGUUAAGUGUUGCAGAGGGAAGCUAUCUUAUUCGGGAAAGUCAACGUCAGCCUGGCACCUACACCUUAGCAUUAAGAUUUGGAAGUCAGACCAGAAACUUCAGACUUUACUAUGAUGGAAAACAUUUCGUUGGAGAAAAGAGGUUCGAGUCCAUCCAUGACCUGGUGACUGAUGGCUUGAUCACCCUGUAUAUCGAGACCAAGGCAGCCGAGUACAUUGCCAAGAUGACCAUAAACCCGAUUUAUGAACAUAUAGGCUAUACCACCCUCAACAGAGAGCCAGCGCACAAGAAACAAAUACCAGCUGUGAAAGAGACGCAUGACGAGAGGGACUCAUCGGGGGAAGACAUCACUGCAGAGAAAAGGUUAACGUCACUUGUGAGAAGAGCAACGUUAAAGGAAAAUGAACAGGUUCCCAAGUACGAGAAAAUCCAUAAUUUCAAGGUGCACACCUUCAGAGGCCCCCACUGGUGUGAAUACUGUGCCAACUUCAUGUGGGGCCUGAUUGCUCAGGGAGUAAAAUGUGCAGAUUGUGGUUUAAACGUUCACAAACAGUGUUCUAAGAUGGUUCCUAACGACUGCAAGCCGGACUUGAAACACGUGAAGAAAGUUUACAGCUGUGACCUCACCACAUUAGUUAAAGCACACAACACGAAGAGGCCAAUGGUAGUGGACAUGUGUAUAAGAGAGAUAGAGUCUAGAGGCUUGAAUUCAGAAGGACUGUAUAGAAUAUCAGGUUUCACCGAUCUCAUUGAAGAUGCCAAAAUGGCGUUCGACCGAGAUGGUGAGAAAGCUGAUAUAUCUGUAAAUGCAUAUGAAGACAUUAACAUUAUAACUGGUGCACUAAAACUGUACUUCAGGGAGCUGCCAAUCCCACUGAUCACAUAUGACGCAUAUCCCAAGUUCCUUGAUUCUGCAAAAGCCGUGGACCCUGACGCACAGUUAGAAGCUCUUCACGAAGCUUUGAAGCUGCUACCUCCUGCACACUGUGAAACACUGCGAUAUCUCAUGGCCCAUCUGAAAAGGGUAACUCUUCAUGAGAAGGACAAUUUCAUGAACGCAGAAAACCUUGGCAUAGUGUUUGGACCAACUCUCAUGCGGGCACCAGAGCUAGAUGCCAUGGCAGCACUAAAUGACAUCCGUUAUCAGAGACUGGUGGUGGAAAUGUUAAUUAAAAAUGAGGACAUUUUAUUUUGAACAAAAAAAAAAAGGAACUGUAUUCCGGAAAAUGAAGGAUUGUUUUGCUGCAAAGAUGGGCAAAAACCUUUCUGGCAAAGUCACUUAUUUGAAUUGUGCCUACAUGUAGAAGAGGCAGCCAUUUUGUGAGUGAUUCAAUGUUUAUGAGACAGAGAAAGAAAUAAUGGUAACUAGAAGCAUGUGAAGGAGGAAAGUCUGCUUUACCUAUAGCAGCCAAUCAACUGUUUUUCCUUCCUAAUCUAUGUACACCGCUUCUGCUUCAGGUCCCC